UGGGAGUGUGUGCCCCUGCCUUUAAGAAGACGUUUUUUCCAUCAGGUUCACACCAGUCCAGGACCUCAACGCUAGAAGGUCUCUCUCUUCUUGCUUGGUUGAUCCUUAACUCAGCGCUGCAGCCAUGUCUCACCUAGAGCAGCUGAUCGUCUCCAUGGUGGACGUGUUUGAGGAGUAUGCCGGACAGGAGGGCAAGAAAAACCAGAUUAGUAUGGAUGAGCUCAAGACUCUGAUCGAUAACGAAGUGUCCAAGCCUGAGUUCCAGAAAAAGAUCCAUGCAGAGGAUGUGACCAAGGCCAUGGAUUUUCUGGACAAGAACCAUGAUGGAGUGGUGAACUUCAAUGAGUUCUCUAGGUGUGUGGCCACCCUGGCCAGGGGAUACUACAAGCAGAAGCAAGGCAAGGGAGGCAAGAAGGGCAAAGGCAGAGAAGAGGACGAACAGGAGGACCAAUAGGAACACUCCUCAACUGACCUGCACAUGCAUUCCAGAAGACAUAUUCAGUAUAUUAUUCAUAAUGCUAGUAUCUGGGUGACUAUUUUCUGUCUUGGAAAGACGCGAGAAAAUGUAGAGCAAGCUAAUAGUUGAAGAUUUCUUUAACCCUGCGGACAUUAGUCCUUUGCACACCUCUCUAAGCUACUAACAGAAUGUUUUUGUUUACCAAUGUGCAGAAGGUUAUAUGAAGUAUAAUAGAAUACCUUGUACUAUAUUGGUCUUUGAUUUGAAAUGUGAGACAAUAUAAGGACCAAAUAAGAAUAACAAUCAAUAGAAUAAUCUAGUUUGGGGUGGGGGGCAUUUAAAAGCAUUAAAUGAAACCAGAAUCAAGUCAUUAAACAUUAAUCGAUCACUCAGGUAUCUGGUAUGCACAUCACUGUUAAUAGCUUCUCAACGGCGUCUUGCCUAAACAAAAGGUUACUGACUAAUUAAAGGUUCUCCCUCUCUGGUGGAAAGCUUUGCACACAUCAUACCCAUAUCAGAUUAUUUCCUUUGUUAAUUGCCUCUUCCUAGUUAAAAGUCUUGAACAAGUUAAAGACUUUUAACUAGUCUUCCCUAGUUGGACCAGGGAGGAGCUUUUAACUCUCCUGAGUCAAAAUAAUUUAACCUAGUCUUUAUAACCUAGUAAAAAAUGUUUAACUAGGGAGCUAGUCUGAAUUGCCUAUGUUAUGGUACAAUGGAACAUUUAAAUUGGGUGCAGUUGGACUUAGUUGCAUAUUCCCUUGAUAAGAUUACAAUCUUUCAGAUAGUUGAACCUGCCUCUGUAACAGGCUCAGAGACAAGUCACAACAUGUAGGCCUGUGUUAAAGAAAAUAGGUAAAAAGUAUGUUAAUGUUCUAGCCACCACGCCC